AUGGUCUCUCUUAACCCCAACCCUGAUCGUAAAAUCCUAGGCGAUGAUAUUUAUCUAUAUGAGCCCCGGGGGAAAGCCGACGCAGGUCCACCAGGCGAUCCCAGCGCCCCGUCACUGGUGAUCCUCUGCACUUGGGUUGGGGGGGCCACCCCCCGUCGAAUCAACAAAUACGUAUCUCAAUACCAAACCCUCUAUCCAGCAGCCAGUGUUCUCGUCUUGACUUCCAAUGUGCUCAACGUCGCAUUCCGGCCCCUCAACAUGGUCCGAUCCAGACUGCAGCCAGCGUGCGAUGCUAUUCGACAAAUAUUAACAGAGGCAGCCGAGGGGGUUGCAGAGCCCGGAAUAUUACUCCACAUGUUCUCACAUGGUGGUGCAGUGACCGGCUGUCAGCUCGCCCUGGCAAUGGAAGAAAGCGACGACCAGGGCGCGCCAUUUCUCAUCGGUCUACGAUGUGUGAUUUUGGACUGUUGUCCCGGAGACAAUAGCCUCGACAAGUCUUAUGGAGCAGCGCGUGUCGCGGUGCCUAACAAUCCAGCGGCUCAGCUCUUAGGCAAGGCGCUGCUUUACCCAGCCAUGUCAGUUGUUGUCGGGUUACAAAACGCAGGUUUCUUGCGCUCCGUACAGGAGCUUCGGGAUCUGCUGAACGACACGAAUACGUUUGGGUCAAGCCCUGGAAGGCUCUACAUCUAUACAAAAGAUGACCCGGUGGUUGGCUGGACAGACGUUGAAGACCAUAUUGAAGAAGCUCGCAUUUUGGGGCAUCGUGUUGGGCAAGUUGCCUUUGAGCAUGGGGCACAUUGCGGGCUGAUAAUGGAGAACCCUGCUCGAUACUGGGAGGCGGUUCGAAGAUUCUGGAGUGAUGAGGACAUUGCAGAUCUCGCUGUAUCGGGCCCGGAUCGAUCGAUUGUUCGCAGCCGUUUGUGA